AUGGUUAAGCGCAGCAAAUUGCUUCAGGCUCUUGAUGCCCGCAAGGGUCGGGACUACGAUGCUGAGAAGCAGAAGAAGUUAGUGAAGGCGGCGGAGAAGAGAAAGGCUGGAAAGAAGACGGAUACGGAAGACGAGGAGAAGCCUGUUGAGGAGGAAAAGGUUGACCCCAAGAAUCUGAAAUCCAAGAAGCGCAACGCUCCUGAAGAAGAGACCAAGGAAGACGAGUCGAGCGACAACGAGGAGAAAGAGAACGCAGAGUUAGGCGAGGAAGAAGAGGAAGAAGAGGAGGAGGAGGAGGAAGAGGAAGAAGAAGAUAUUCCUCUUUCUGAUUUGUCCGAUGAUGAGAGAGAGGAUGUGGUUCCUCACCAACGUCUCACAAUCAACAACUCCGCCGCUAUCAAUGCUUCCAUCAAGCGCAUCUCCUUCGUCACCCGGCAGACUCACUUCUCAGAGCACAAUUCCAUAGUCUCGAAAGAGCCGAUCGAAGUCCCCGACCCUAAUGACGACCUCAACCGGGAAUUGGCGUUCUACAAGGUCUGCCAGGCCGCUGCUGCUACAGCACGCGGCUUGCUGAAGAAGGAAGGUGUUCCGUUCACUCGGCCCGGUGAUUACUUCGCGGAGAUGGUCAAGACGGACGAGCACAUGAGCAAGAUCAAGAAGAAGCUGUACGAUGAGGCCGCGGCGAAGAAGGCUGCCGCUGAAGCCCGCAAGCAGCGCGACUUGAAGAAGUUCGGAAAGCAGGUCCAGGUUGCCAAGCUGCAACAGAGGGCGAAGGAGAAGCGCGAGACGCUGGAGAAGAUCAAUGACUUGAAGAAGAAGCGCAAGGCUGAUUCGUCUGGACCCACCGACAAUGACAAUGAAAUGUUCGAUAUCGCCAUCGAAGACUCUAGCAAAUCCGACAGCCGCAAACGCGGCCGCGGCAAUGAGAGCGGCGGUCCGUCAAUGAAGCGCCAGAAGAAGAAUGAGAAGUACGGCUUUGGUGGUAAGAAGCGUCACGCCAAGAGCGGUGAUGCUAUGUCUAGUGGUGAUCUGAGCAAGUUCUCCGUCAAGAAGAUGAAGGGCGGCCCUAAGAGACCUGGGAAGAGCAGAAGAGCGGCAGCAAAGGGCCGGUCGUAG